CAAUAAACUUACGUCGACGUGUAACCCAUACUCCCACCCGAUUGUUUCUUUCUUUACACAACCCUACAUAAUAUACAUAUUAUCAACACCGAAUCUCAUACACAACACACACAUCUUUCUUCAAAAAAACUUUUGCUUCUCCCAGGAAUCUGAAUCUGCUUCACUUUUGUUCAACCAUGAUGAAUAUAGACGAUACGACAUCUCCAAUGGCCCACCCGAUCGUUCCAUCUCAACCUCCUUCCGACCAAACCCAACAAGAUCCAAGUUCGCCCAAUGAAGCUUCUUCUGUCACCGACAAGAAAGAGGAUCAAGCUUUGCCCGAAGAGAAGCCGAAGCAGAAUCAAGAAGAAGAGAGAGUGGACACAGGGAGAGAAAAGCUAAAGAAGCACCGGAGAGACGUCGCCGGAAGAGUUUGGAUACCUGACAUAUGGGGACAAGAAGAGCUUCUUAAGGACUGGAUCGACUGUUCAACGUUUGAUACGUGUCUAGUCCCUGCCGGAAUCUCGUCGGCACGUGCAGCUCUCGUAGACGAAGCUAGGCGAGCUGCUUCGGCUUCUGGUGGGUUACAUAGUCGUUGCUUGAUCUUACGCUGAAUUUUUAUAUAAUAUCAUAUCAUAUAUAAAUGUGGUUCUUGUUGCUCAAUAAUAUAUGUAAGACACUAUUGAUAUAUUGUUGAUAUAGAGUCUUUUUCAUUUUACCAAUAAUUAUAUAGAACAUUGCCAAUAUUGCUUUUA